CGCACACAGACUUCCACCUCCCCCGCUCCUCUCCUCGCCUCCCACCCGUCGCGUGCCUGCCUUGCUUCCCUCCUCCGCCGCCUCGCCGGCGGAAGGACCGCCCGUCCACGCCCGUCUACGCCUGCCUGCGUCGCCGCCGCGCCGCGCGCACGACGGUCGAACCGACCGCGACCCAUGGCGGCCACGGCGGAUCCGAGGGCGAAGCCGUCGGCCACGCAGCCGCGCCACCUCAAGCCGCCAGCUCCGCCUCGUGGCCACCACGUGCCUUCCCUGCCGGCCGUCUCCGGAACCGCGGGCGCAAGCCGCGAUCGGCGCCGCUCCUCGACGUCCCACCGACGCGGUGGGGCCAACGACGAGCCUUACGAGGGCGGGCUGGAGGAUCUCCGGGCUAAGCUCAUGGGCCACCUCCACGACGCGGCCGACCGCCUUCGCCUGCCCCCUGCCAAGACCCAGCGACCGCCGGAGCCCGAGGCUCCUCCACCGCUACCACCACCAACGGACGCCGCCGCGGCCAUGCCGUGGACCCUCAGGGAGCGGAGGCGUCGUCCAACAGCCCGCGGCAGCACGGCUUCGUCGCCCACCACGCCGUGGUCGGCGGCUACGUCUGCGGACGACUACGUGCGCGCUCCGUUCGCCGUGGCGCUGGAGGCGGAGGAGAUCGAGGACGACGUCUACGCCCUCACCGGCGCCCGGCCACGGCGGCGGCCUCGGAAGCGGCCGCGCACCGUGCAGCGACAGCUCGAUUCGCUCUUCCCGGGGAUGUGGCUCACCGAGAUCACCGCCGACGCCUACCGGGUCCCCGACGACUAGCAGCAAAGCAACCCGGCCGCUACCAUCUCCGGCGCCGGCCAGCGCUCCACCAUGGCGCGCCACAAAACAACUGUAACUAGGUUUAGUUGAGUUGACAGUUUCUGUACCUCUCAUGUCGCAUCUUCUAACAUUGAUUUUGCGCUUUAAAAUCUAAGCAGUGCCAGCUUGCUUUACUCU